AUGGUAUCUAUCAACAUAUUUCUCUUCUUGCACCUCACUGGCCUGUUUCUACUGACAGCCAUCAGCAUUGACAGGUAUGUCUCUGUCCUCUUCCCAAUUUGGCAUAAAUGCCACCAACCGACCUUUCUGUCUACUACUGUUUGUGCCAUUCUUUGGGUCACUUCCUUCCUGUUUUGUCUAACUCCCUACAUUGUCUUUAUAACUAGUCUAUAUGAAAUAUUAUUCAUACUGCUUGCUGUGACUCCCUUGCUUUGCGUCCCACUCAUGAUAAUCUCUUCCCUGAUCCUCUUCAUCAAAGUCUGCUUUAAAUCACCAAAACAUAAACGGGGGAAGGCCUUAACUGCCAUUUUCCUUACUCUCCUCUUCUUCUUUAUAUUUGCUCUUCCAUUGAUUGCAUGUCUUUUCCUCUUCAGUUUUAUAAUUCCUCAUUUCCAGUAUCACAGUAUCACUCGGUACUCUUUCCUAGGUGCAUCUCUAAACAGCAGUGUUAACACCUUCAUUUAUUUCCUGGUUGGGCGAUAAAAGGCAGGCCAAAGAAGGGAAUAGAUGAAAAAUAUCCUUCAAAGGCUUUUCAAGGAGGAAGAAGGGUAUGGAGCAGACACAGACACCACAGUUUAA